AUGCCCAACCUCCUGCGCAGCAUUCUCAGCAGGUUUGCCUGCUUCCAAACCUGGAGCACCACCGCUGAGCAGUUCUAUGACGAAUCCUUUGCGCACUGCUCUCCACAUGACCCUGAGCUGAGGUCUACUCACAGAGUAGUUCCCAAUUACUCUCACGAUUGGUGGAAGGAUCAUUUUGACACCUUGGGAUUUCCGCUGCCAUCGUUGGAUGUCACCGAGGUCAUGGAGAUGACCCAAGACCACUUUGAACAACUGCCCAUGGGAUCAAUGCUUGUGCCUGGCCCUCCGGUCACCAGUCAAGUGGAAGGUGAUCCCCUCCUCAAUCAAAUUCUGGCAGUGAAGGCCCACGUCGAACAUCUUGGCAAGUCACUGGCAAGUAUGUUAGAGGAGAAGAUAAAGAUUGCCGUGGCAGCUGCAUCAACCAUGGAGCAACUUGAGGGGCCCAUGGAUGAGCUUGUGGAAGCGCUCUUAGAUUCCCACCAGAAAUUCAUGACUGCAGUUCCGGCCGACUGGGCAUUGCAUACCACAUGCAUAGCUAGUGACUUUGUGCAACAGCUGUUUGAUAGCAAGGUAGCUGGCAACAACAAGUCAAUCUUGCCUCCCUCAACAAUAGAUGUACCAACCAUGCUUGCUUGUGAGCAGUUGGCCCGGGUGCUUGCCGAUGCCUAUUUGAACCCAAGUAGGUCAUUCCUACCAUUCAGUUGGUGGUAUCCUAACCCAUUGCAGUUCACCUUGACUUUGACAUGA